AAUCCUUUUUGAUUUGCCUCUGUUUGAUCAUUUGCAGUACGACCCGGAGAAUUCAGGCUUCAUCAGCACGGAGCGGUUCAGAGACCUUCUGGCGACCCACGGCUCCGAGCUGGACCCCCACAAACUGGAAGUCUUAUUGGCCCUCGCUGACGGCAAUGCUGACGGGAAGAUCUGCUACCAAGACUUUGUCAACCUGAUGAGCAACAAGCGCUCCAACAGUUUUCGGAGGGCCAUCCUGCAGGGGAGCCGGCAGCUGAAAGGCUGCAGUCUCAGAGAUGAGGUGGGCUUGGGUUUGUCCCAGCGCUUGGUCCGCCACGUCGCCUACGAGACGCUGCCCCGCGAGGUCGACCGCAAGUGGUACUUCGACAGCUACACGUACUGUCCCCCUCCCUGGUUCAUCCUGGCUAUCACCAUCGCUGAGGUAGCCGUGUUCAUGUACUAUGGGCUCCAGCUGGACCGCCUGGUCCUGCAGGUGUCCAGCCCGUCCUUCCUAAAGAGCCCCCUGCCCUACCACCCCCAGCUGCGAGCCCAGGCCUGGCGGUACCUCAGCUACAUCUUCAUGCAUACUGGGAUCGAACACCUGAGCCUGAACAUGGCCAUGCAGCUGCUGGUGGGAGUUCCCCUAGAAAUGGUCCACGGCGCCCUGAGGAUUGGACUGGUCUAUGUGUGUGGGGUGCUUGCAGGCUCUCUGGCUGUGUCCGUCACUGACAUGACGGCUCCAGUGGUCGGGUCGUCCGGGGGAGUUUACGCCCUGGUCUCAGCGCAUUUGGCAAAUGUAGUCAUGAAUUGGUCAGGAAUGAAGUGUCAGUUUAAGUUAUUCCGGAUGGCCAUGGCUCUGGUUUGCAUGAGCGUAGAGUUUGGUCGAGCCGUCUGGCUGCGCUUCUACCCUCCGGCCUUCCCUCCGUGCCCCAAUCCCAGCUUCGUAGCUCACCUGGGGGGAGUGGUGGUCGGCCUGACGCUGGGCGUGGUGGUCCUGCAGAAUUACGAGCAGCGGCUCCAGGAGCAGUCUCUGUUCUGGAUCUUUUUCUGCGUCUACACCUUGUUUGUGCUCUGCGCCGUCUUCUGGAACAUUUUUGCUUACAGCCUGCUGGACGUGCGACUGCCUCCGCCGCCUUGACUCCCUUAUUAGGAGUAAACAGGACACUUCACACCCCCCGUUAUUCCUCCGCUGGUCGACGCCUGACCGCCUGGCUGGAUGAGUCACGUCGGUCCUCGCGCUCUUGAGCCUCAUCCUGCGGUGAUCAGAGUCGACCGACAGCCUACCCUCCUCCUACAUCCAGCGCUCUGAUGCGAGGAUACCUGGCAUGCAGCGGCCCUCCUGUUUUGUGAAUUAAGCCUUAUCAUUUUCCCCACAAGCUCUUCUCCACCUGUUUUUUUUUUUUUUUGUCUCCAUGUCUGCUGGACGUUUGUCUCAAGAGUAUCAGCCAGUGGGACUGUUGCUGACGACACCGCAUCGACAAAUGAGAAGCCUCGGAUCUAACAGAACAGAAACCAAGCAGGAACUGACCUGUCCACACGGCUCAACCCUCUCUGCCUCUUCCUCCUCAAUCCGACAGUGCCUACUCAUGGAGACUGAUGAAAGUAUCUCUGCACAGUUGCCUCUCGCAGAAGUAAAACCCUACAUUUUACGACGAGAACAGUCCCUGAAAACCCUGUUAUCUGCGUACGAACAGGGAGGUUAGAGGAGAAUUUAAGCUCAGCCGGGUGUUUUGUCAUCAUUAGAAGCGGCUCGUGAGCGUCGGAGGUUCAGACACGACGCAGGCGGCAGGAUAGUCGUCCCUCUUUACAGCACAGAGAGACUAAAUAGGCUGCAGGCCACCUUCAGAAGUUAUUAUGAAUUUUUGAAGGGAAGUGUGGGUUACUAUUCAGUGUUGCCUUCAGCGUUUGUCACUUCCUCGGAGAAGGAUUAAUUUUGUGUGCAGCACUAUUUCGAACCUCAAACUCGUGUCUUUUGCGUGUGUGCGGGGAGUGCGACAAACGUGUCGUUGUGUGUACAGAUAAAAGUGAAGCAGAAGUGCCAUUCAGACUUUAAGCUUUUUAAAAAAAAAAAAAAGAUGAUGCCAAAACAUUGCUACGAGCACCGAGGGGGGAAGAGCACAGCCCCUAACAAGUAUUGCUUUUGUGUCGGCAGAACUUACAGUAAUUUUGUCCCGUUAAGAGUCGGUCGAAUGUAACGGAAAAUUCUCUCUAAAGUCAGAUUUUGUCAUUUCAUCCUCGCUCGCUGGGUAUUUGCAGUGAUUUCUGGCAAAGGUCAAACACUGCAAAGAGUUGAAAGAAGUUUAUUUAUUGACGGUGAGAUGUAAGCGGGAUUAGACGAAUGAAAACGUUCACCAGUAGAGACAGCCGGGACAUUCUGAAUAAAUCUAACGUUUAUUUCUCAUUACCAAACGUAGAAGAGCACACAUGUCUGACCUCGACUACAUCUGGGCUGGGGUUGUUUCGCUCUCAGUUCAGGAGGCAAUCGGACAAAGAAGUAAAUCAAUGCUCUCUCAUUAGUUCCUGUCUCAACUUAAUUUGUUAAUUGAUUGAACUGGGAUGGAAAGCGACCCCAGCCCCAAGCUGUAAGUCUCAAACUGUACUGUAUUUUAACCUCAUGUUACACUGGUAACUGCUUCGCACAGACAUUAAUAUAAUGUAAUUAAAUACAGAUUAAUAUUUUAACAUGCAUUUGCUGUUGAUUUUUUUACAUGGUGAUAUUGGUAUGUUGUGUAACUCGUUUGGUCGGUCUGCUUUGUGAUAUGUUAGCUAUAUCCUGUAUGUAUCCUAUUUAAAAAAAACUGAUUAAUGAUGGCCUGGGAUUGUAUAUAAUAAGGGCUACGUCACAAAACUGAGUGAGGGGUAAAUCACUGAUAAUAUUUUAACAUUGUGCAUAUUUUGUAGAUUUGAUAUGUACAUACUGGGGUACAAUAAACAGUUUUAUACAGAAACAAAA